AUGCUUCGCUACGUCCGGCGAUUACUGACGCUGAGGCUUGCCCAGCUCACGCCUGAAGAACUUAAGGCACUUCCCGUGGGUGAAAGGGUAUCAUUGAUUGACGAGCUUAACCAUGCUGAACACCCUGAGAAACAGAAGGCGCUCCAAGCCCUCAUUCCUGACUUUUCUGUGUUCUUCAAGCUCCCCAAAGAAUCAAUUAAGCUGCCUGAAGUGCUCCAGCGAUUGAUUGAAGUUAAUCCGGGCCGAGUUGUGACUCCCUGGGAGCUUUACCAAUCACACCAAGGCAAGUUCGAUGACACUCCCGACCUCAAAGCCGCACUUGUGGCAAAACUUGUGGGGAGCGAUGUCAUGGAGAACUUGGGGUAUUUGCUCCAAGUGAUCAAACUGGGUGGACUUAAUGCCAAUACCGAACAGUUGAUCGUGUCUCUGCUUGAACAGCAUCAGUUGGUUUCGGUUAUCGCUCAACUCAUCGCUGAUGGCCACCUUUCACCUCAAUUCGGCCACGAGUUAUUGGAACGGACCAAAGAUGAAGAGUUUCUUGCUGUAUUUGAUGCUGUCUUCACCAAGAACCCCGAAAUUUUCAAGGAAAGACAAUUAUCCGAUGCCUUGGACGCGAUUGAAAGGGUGGCGUGUGGUGGAGUCUCCGAAGAAUACUUGAAGGUGGCUCAGGAGGUGGACUUACAAAUUCCCAUCGAGUUUAUUGGCUUGGGUCAACGCAUUGUGGACUACAUCGUUGAGAAGGGAUUGGAUGUGAGCGAGAACCCGGAAUCGCUUCUCCUUCGGAUGCGUAUUAUCACCUUCUUUGGGAUAACGGUCGACGACAUGUCGAAAGCUAAUGAACGUUGGCAUCGGUACCAGCGGGAAAGCUACGGCCGCGAAAUCGUGCAAACGGAGCUCGUCAAGGCUUUCUGCUUCCAAGCGUUCACUAAACAAUCUCAACUUGACCUCCAAAUUGCUGAGACUUUGGUACCCGCCGACGACCUUUCGGUGCGGAUUCUUCAAUUUUUGAUUGUGGCUAAGCUGGCGUUCAACGCUGAGGACCUGUUGGCGGUGUAUAAUGACUAUAUUGGCCAAGUCCUGCGAGAAGCUAACCCAGAAACGCACCGGCUGGCGCUGGGGAAGCUUACUGAACUGUUAGUGUUGGCUCAGCUCUACGACCACGACCGCGAGUUUGCUCACCUUGUCUACGACAAAGCCAUUGAGGCGGGCGUGAUUUCAGACGAGUACGAAGUGGCUCACAUCAAGAAGUUAUUCAGAGUUUACGGCGACGCUUUUGACGGAAAUGAAAACUGGGCCGAAGCCAAGCCUAAGCUCGCCGAAUACGUCAAGAAAUAUCUCCGUCAAUUAUAG